UCGAUCCUCUCUCCUCUUUCACAUGACAACGAUCUCUCACUCUCACGUUGAUGAGAGAGAGAGAGAGAUAAAGGGAGAGAGCUUUCGAUCCUGUUUCAUAGAAUUUUCCUGGCUAGAAUCGCACCGCCGAUGCUAGCCGCUGCAGUGGAGGCGCGUCUCAACCGUCGCGAUGGCGGAGCCACGACGGCGGAGAGGAUUCUCGUCGCCGUGAAGGCCGAGAGAGUGAUCUCCAAAACCGCUUUAGCUUGGGCUCUCAAUCACGUCGUCCACGCCGGAGAUUGCGUCACACUUCUCGCGAUUUUUCCGGGCGAGAAAUCAGGAAGAAGAUUCUGGAAUUUUUCGAUAUUGAACGGAGAUUGUGGAAGCAGUCACCGGGAAAAUUUGCCGGAUCGGAUUUUUCAAAUCUCCGAGUCAUGCUCUCAGAUGGUGCUUCAGAUUCAGGACCAGAGAGAGGUUAAAGUGAGGAUCAAAGUAGUCUCAUGUUCAUCUGGGGAUGCUGUUGCAGCUGAAGCAAGAAGGAACAGAGCCAGUUGGGUCAUAGUGGACAAAAAACUGAAACGGGAACUGAGGCAAUGCAUAGAGGAACUUCGCUGCAAUAUAGUAGUAGUAAAGGGUUCUCAAGCAAAAGUUCUGAGACUUAACUUGCAAGCCUCUAAUGGUACAGAAACUCCGUAUUUCUCUGCUUCAUCUUCACCAGAUGGAGGUAUGGGAGGGUUACAAGCCCCCCGAGUUAGGAACUGUACACCAGUUAGCAGUCCAGAGGAACCAAGUACUUCUCCUUCGAGAAUUUUGAGGGAAAAUUCAAGAUCAAGUUUGGACACAAUUUCUCCUCCUUUUCUCUUAUACGAACAAAAUCCUCUCUUUGAGGUAGCAACGCACAAACGUUAUGCAUCAGUUGAUGAUAUAAUUCACACUCAUGGCCUGUCAGCAGUUCUUGAUUCCGAUCAAAGGAAGCCUGUCACUUUGUCAACAUCUCCAGGACGUUAUGCAGGAAAUAAUGACAGAAGUGUCUUUUGGAUCCCUCAGAACCAUGACCAGGUUCCUGAUGAGAAGCCGGUUUCAAAUGAACACAAUUCAAGUAAGAAACUCAGACCCGAAAUUUCGAAAACUCUCCUUGAAAAAUUUAUUCAGUGUGACACUGAAUCAAGUGGUAGCCUCAUUAUGCCAAAACUUGGACAAAGCCAUAUGGAAAACUUUGUUGUUAAACCAGACGGGAAAAUCUUGGUCUCUCUGAACAGAGCAUCCUCGACACCUCCUCCAUUAUGCUCUUUUUGUCAAAGCAAGGCACCCGCAUUUGGGAAGCCUCCAAAGAGAUUUUCAUACGAGGCUUUAGCAGAGGCAACAGAUGGGUUUUCAGAUUCAAAUCUGUUGGCUGAAGGAGGUUUUGGAAUCGUUUACAGAGGAGUUCUAAGAAAUGGACAAUCUGUUGCAGUAAAGAUACUAAAGAUUUCUGGAUCCCAAGUGGAUGCUGAUUUCUGCAGGGAAGUGAGGCUCUUGAGCUGUGCCCAACACAAGAAUGUUGUUUUACUGAUCGGAUACUGCACAGAUGGGAACAACAGAGUGCUGGUCUAUGAAUAUGUCUGCAAUGGAUCCCUUGAUUUCAAUUUACAUGGGAACAAGCAACAAUCAUUGGAUUGGGACUCGAGGAUGAAGAUAGCAAUCGGAGCAGCCAGAGGCUUGCGGUAUCUUCACGAAGACUGUAGAGUUGGAUCCAUUGUUCACAGAGACUUGCGACCUCAUAAUAUCCUCCUAACCCAUGAUUUUGAGCCGUUGGUCGCUGAUUUCGGACUGGCUAGGUGGUUCACGGACUGUAGUAUCGGCCCCGAAGAGAGAGUUAUAGGAACUUCAGGGUAUCUUGCACCAGAAUAUGUGGAUGGUGGAACUAUAAGCGAGAAAGUAGAUGUGUACGCUUUUGGAUUGGUAUUGUUAGAGUUGAUAACGGGCCGAAGAGCUUGUGAGUUGCAGUGUUACAAGGAUCAGCUAUUUCCUUCUGAUUGGCUCCACCACCCCUUUAACUACUUUGAACCAAACAGAGUAUUAGAGAAAGUGCACCAAUUACUCGAUCCACGCUUGAGAUUUGCAGAGGUCGAUAACUUCACCCAUCAGCUACAUGCAGUCAGUUUCGCUGCCUCCUCGUGUUUAAGGCGUGAUCCCGAUUCCAGACCCACGAUGUCAAAGGUGUUGAGAACACUCGAAGGAGCAGGAUGUAUGCCACUACCUUUGGCUUUCGAUUUGAACUCAGCUGGUAAUAGAAGCGGUCGGUUAGUGGGCUUAAGCUCCAACAAAAGGCUGGAAUCCAGCGGCAACCACACUCGUACGCUUUCCCACUGAAGAUUGUCUUCUUUCCCAAACACUAGACGAUAUCAGGGUAAAUGAUCAGUGCCUGGCUCCACCAGCUGAAGAAGAGAAACUACCAUCAGACAUGAACGGCUCUGAAUCCAAUAUAACCUGCUGCUGUUGCUGCAUCAUGCCCGU